AUGUGGCGUCUACUGCGAAGACUGCUACCUUUCCCGAAUGUUCUUCAAAGCUUUGGUUUUUGGUUGCCUUCGGUCUGCCCUAUCUGCUUAGCUGCAAGCUCGAGCAUGGAGCACUGCCUCUACCAUUGCAGUGGCGUCCAGAUGGUAUGGAGGCAUUUUGACAAAAUUUUUGGCUUUGGCUCACGCGGCGGCAUCUCGGUGAGGGAGGUUUUCCAGAAUUGGUGGCUCCAUGACUCCUCAUCGCUUGGUGGCUACGCAUGUUUGCUCCCUUGCCUUGUUCGGUGGACUUUGUGGGCUGCUUACAAUGAAUGUCUUUAUAAUGGUACACCCUUUUCCCCCUCAAGAACUAUUCGAAAGAUUAAAUCGGAAGCGCUUUUGCUCUCCCUUGCUCGGAAGCCGCGCUGUAAGGGAUCAAUGGGCAGUCUUCUGGUUGCUGAAGGCUUGAUUGCCCACAUUUAUUCUCCGCUACGACGUACUACAGUUUGGGUCAAGUGGAUGGCUCCGCCGUCGGUGAGAUUAAAGUUGAACUCGAACGCCUCUUUCUCUGUGCACGGCGUGGCUGGUGGCGCCUGCCUAAGGGACGCAAGCGGCCAUCUUGUAGUGGGUUUAUGCUAUCGUCUUGGCGCUGCAUCCUCAGCUCUUGAAGCGGAGGCUCUAGCAUUACAAAAUGCCAUUUUGUGGUGCGAGGUCACUGCGACACGGCCUCACUUGGUUGAGGCUGACUCACUUACUCUAGCAAAAUGUGUGUCCUCGCCGAGGGAGUUGAUACCGUGGAGGAUACGUGAGCCAGUUCUCUACAUCCGGGCUUGCCUUUCAGAAUGGGGCUCUACCAUUCGACAUGUCUUCCGGGAAGCAAACCAGGUGGCAGAUGCACUAGCAGAGGAAGCUCUCAACACUGAUCCCAAAGUUUUCAGUAGCUUUGUUCUUAUGCCUAACAAGGUUAAAUUAGCUAUGAUGUAUGAUCUAAGAGGCUUCGCUUCUCACCGGAUUGUUCGCAUUUAA